CGCCGCAGCACGGCCCGCGCCGCCAGCUCCCUACGGCUCCGUCCCGCCCCGUCGCGCCGGCCCAGCGGCUCCAGGGUGGUUGAUGGAGUUAUGAUUCUCCCUGUACUGAUGGUGAUGGCGUUCCCAUCUCCGAGCUGGCAAGACGAUGAACGGAAGCUCAAGAUGGUGCCCUACGAGUGUGUGUGUGAAGGCAUCUCCUGUGGGAACGGGGACCGGUGCCAAGGCCAGCGCUGCUUUGCUUCCCUGAGCAUUAAUGACGGGGCCAAGGUCUACCAGAAGGGCUGCUUCCAGGUCUAUGAGCAACGGAAAAUGACCUGCAAAACACCCCCGUCCCCCAACCAGGCCGUGGAGUGCUGCCAGGGGCACCUGUGCAACAUGAACAUCACUGCCCAGCUGCCCUCCUCCAAAGGGCAAACCUUUCAAGGAGAAGCUGCAGGUUACAGCAUGGAAACACUAAUCAUCGUUAUCCUGGCCCCUGUGGUAGUGUUGAUAGUUUUUUCUGCAGUAGCUGUGCUGAUCAUACGCAGAAUACAGAAGAACCACAUGGAGAGGCUCAAUUCCAGGGAUGCAGAGUAUGGCACAAUCGAGGGCCUCAUUGCCUCCAACGUGGGGGACAGCACGCUGGCAGAUUUGUUGGACCAUUCCUGCACAUCUGGAAGUGGCUCUGGACUUCCCUUCUUGGUGCAAAGAACGGUGGCUCGCCAGAUCACACUUGUGGAGUGUGUGGGAAAGGGCCGUUACGGAGAAGUGUGGAGGGGUCAGUGGCAAGGAGAAAACGUUGCUGUGAAGAUCUUCUCUUCUAGGGAUGAAAAGUCCUGGUUCAGGGAAACUGAGCUGUACAACACUGUACUGCUGCGGCACGAGAAUAUUUUAGGUUUUAUUGCGUCCGACAUGACUUCCAGGAACUCGAGCACGCAGCUGUGGCUGAUCACACACUACCACGAGAUGGGCUCUCUGUACGACUACCUGCAGCUGACCACGCUGGACACGGUGAGCUGCCUGCGCAUCGUGCUGUCCAUCGCCAGCGGCCUGGCGCACCUGCACAUCGAGAUCUUCGGCACGCAGGGCAAGCCGGCCAUCUCCCACCGCGACCUCAAGAGCAAGAACAUCCUCGUCAAGAAGAACGGGCAGUGCUGCAUCGCCGACCUGGGCCUGGCAGUGAUGCAUUCCCAGAGCACGAACCAGCUGGAUGUGGGGAACAACCCCCGUGUGGGCACCAAGCGCUACAUGGCCCCCGAGGUGCUGGACGAGUCCAUCCAGGCCGACUGCUUCGACUCCUACAAGCGCGUGGACAUCUGGGCCUUCGGGCUGGUGCUCUGGGAGGUGGCCAGGCGCAUGGUCAGCAACGGAAUCGUGGAAGACUACAAGCCACCCUUUUAUGACUUGGUUCCGAACGACCCCAGUUUUGAAGACAUGAGGAAAGUGGUCUGUGUGGAUCAGCAGAGGCCCAACAUUCCCAACAGAUGGUUCUCAGACCCGACGUUGACGUCCCUUGCCAAGCUGAUGAAGGAGUGCUGGUACCAGAACCCCUCAGCCAGACUGACAGCCCUGCGCAUCAAAAAGACUUUGACCAAAAUUGACAAUUCCUUAGACAAACUGAAAGCUGACUGUUGACCCUCUCCUGGCGGUGCUGUCCCGGCAGGAAGGCGCCUGGCUGCCCCGAGGGCGCUGCCCGGGCAGUGCCAGCCUGGUCCCCGUGCUGCUCGAGCAGGAGCCUGGGGACAGCUGGGGACCCGGCACUGCCCGGGCCACCUUGCCUUGGGGACAGCUGGGGACCCGGCACUGCCUGGGCCACCUUGCCUUGGGGACAGCUGGGGACCCGGCACUGCCUGGGCCACCUUGCCUUGGGGACAGCUGGGGACCCGGCACUGCCCGGGCCACCUUGCCUUGGGGACAGCUGGGGACCCGGCACUGCCCGGGCCACCUUGCCUUGGGGACAGCUGGGGACCCGGCACUGCCCGGGCCAGGUGAGCUUGGGGACAGCUGGGGACCUGGCACUGCCUGGGCCACCUUGCCUUGGGGACAGCUGGGGACCCCGCGCUGCCCGGGACGGCGCUGGGACUCAGCCGCACGGGCUGUGCCUGAGCUGGUGGCCUGAAGGAAGACAGAGAAAUCCUAAGACAAGAUCAGGGCAUUAAACAAUGGCUUUGAACAGCUUUUUUCUUGUUUCUUUCUUUUUUUUUUUGUUUCCUUUUUUUUCCCUUUUCUUUUAUUUUUUAUUUUUAAUGUUUUAUUUUAAUUCUCCUAAUCACUCCCAAGGUGAACACAUGGAAGUGGUAAAUUUUAAUCAGCAAUAUUGCCUGUGCUUAUCUUCUUUAUUGCACUAGGAAUUCUUUGCAUUCCUUACUUGCACUGUCACUGUUAAUUUUAACGACAUGACUUGCCAAAAAUAUGAUUGGCUGUAUCCUGCAUUGAUCUAUGCCUGAGUAGUAGGAAAAGAAUUCGGUAAACUGAAAAUGUAACUGUCAGACUUUAGCUGCAUUUUACAUGUGUACUGAUGUUUACAAUAAUGCUGAACAUUAGGAAUUUCUUGUUUAUCCAAAACUUGCAAAUUAUUUAUUACUAGUGCACUUGCCAGUUUUUUAAACUGUAAAAUAAGUGCAUAAAGUUAAAGCUUAUUUUUAUGUGGCCUCUUUCAUGAUUUCUUACACAGACGUUUUUGUAACACAGUAUAACCUGAAACAUGAAUUGUUUUCUGUAUUAUCAUAUUACAACUCGAUAGUCACAUUUUAAGUGCUUCACAUUUGUAGGUGUGUGGUCUGUACCAUAUUUUCAGUUGGAAUAUGGAACGUAUAUAUAGCCAUUUCCCACAGGACCUUGCGUCUGGCAUCUUACUGAUCUGGGAAAGGAAGGCAACGGAGGAGUUAACUAGAAUAUUAGGUCAUGAAUGCUGUGGGGAAAAUGCAUUUUAUUUCUUCUAAGCUAUAUAAUAUGCAUUUAAACUCUGCCAGAAAAAUAACUAUUUUGUUUUAAUCUACUUUUUCUAUUUAGUAGUUAUUUGUAUAAAUUAAAUAGAAUGUUUUCAAGUCAAA